UAAGCGGGCCCUGUUUAUAAGAGGACCUGUGUUUACCUGUUCCAGCUCAGACGUAGCCAAGUUGUCGCACAGUAAAGACGAGUCAAAACAAGAACCAACCAAAUUCUAAACGCAAAUGCAAAUACAAUAAGAUGUGGAAAUUUUUACUUAUUUGUGUCGUCAUGAGUGCAUUAUAUAGUGAGGCUGAUGCCGCAUCGUCUCGUCCGGUGUCCCGUAGGCGUCGGGGCUAUGCCGGCGGCUAUGCAGGUGGGUAUGCCAGCAGCGGUUCGGGAGUAGGUGGCUAUGCUGGAGGCUACAACGACUACGAUGAUUAUGGCGUCGGGUAUGGAUCACAUUUUGGCAUCACGGAUCCGUAUCUGUUCCAUCAGCAGCUGACCAACCAGAUUCUGGCCCAGAACUACGCAACCCAACAAGCUAUAACGGGCCUGGCCACGUCUGGCGAUGCGUUCGUAUCCGCGGAUGCGACCAUUAGUGACGAUGACACUCGCAUCCAGCAGCAGAUCGCCGCCCAGCAGGCCUACCACGACAAUCUAGUGCGCCAGAACAGCUACGCGGGUGGCUCCAGUGGCUCGUACAACUCGCACCGCUACGCGCCCAGCUAUGCACUUGCGUCUGGCUCCAUUGGACCCAGUGGACACAGGCAGACGGCCUAUAUCAGUCCCGCCAACCCAGCCACGCCCAACAUUGUCAACCGUUUCGGCGGUGGCUCCAGCAGCGGUUCCAGCUAUGGCAGCGGCAGUGGAGGUGGUGGCUACAAGGGCGUCUCCGUUUCCUCGUUCAGCAGCAGCAAUGGCGAUGGCACCAGUCGCCGUGGCGCCCAGACCACCAUCAACGAUAACGGCAAGGUGACGUCAUACUCGGUGCACUCCUAGAGAUGCCUCGCUCAGUGCAAAUUUUGGUGUUUAGCAUAUUAUAAACCUUGCGAAAUUAACGAUUCUCUAUUUAUAUGUUUCAAACACAAAAAUAUACAUA